AUGACCAAAAUCGCCUCCGCAGUCCUCCUCCUCCUCUUUCUGGUGUCUUCUUCAACGGCGGAGAUAAAAACCAUAACCAUAACCUCCGACUCCCGACACCUUAUCCUCUUUGAGACAUUCCGGUUUACGUAUCCGGGUCACGUGUCGAUCGCAGUGUCGUCGGUGUUCGUAGCGGCCUCGUCGCCACCACCGGACCCUUCGUCGCAAGGGUUCUUCCUAAUAACCAAAGAAUCACUCCUCCAUGUCUUGACAGGAAUCAAACACAACCCUAACUUUUGCUUCCUUGAUUCUCCCUACACUCAAAACCUCUUCACCUUCCGCGACCUCUCUCCCCCUCCGGCUGCCUCCUUCAACCGCACCUUCCCCGUCACCAUCUCCAACUCAUACAGCCUCUACUUUGCCAACUGCGCCGCCGGCAGCUCCGUCACCAUGGCCGUUCACACCGAGUUUUACAACUUAAACCGUAACGGUUCCCCGAACUACCUAUCCUUCGGCCAAACUCACCUUCCUGCCGUCUUCUUCCUUUUCUCCAUCGCUUAUUUCUCCUUCCUCGCCUUCUGGCUCUAUCUCUGCCACGUCACCAAGCAUUAUCUUCACCGGAUUCACCUCUUCAUAGCCUUGCUGCUCCUCAUGAAGGCUCUCUCCCUUCUCUUCUCUGCAGUUGACAUGUACGUCGUCCAGGUCAGUGGCAUAUCUCGCGGUUGGGACGUCCUCUUUUUCAUCUUCCACACCAUUCGCGUCGUUUUGUUCUUCAUCGUGGUCGUUUUGGUGGGGACACGCUGGACCUUCCUCCACCCGUUCGCGCGGGGGAGGGGGAAGAAGGUGAUCUUCGUGGUGAUCCCGCUUCAAGUUAUGGCUAGUGUGGCUCUUGCUGUUGUUCAUAAGACUGGUCCCUACAUCAAAGACUGGUUCAUUUGGAACCUGGUUUUCUUACUCCUUGACUUCGGCUCUUGCUUUUUGAUCUUCUUCCUUGUUGUUUGGUCCCUACGAACGCUCGGGGAAAUUACACCUAUCGCCCAAGGCAAGGCUGCCAUGGAAUUGCACGAAUUUAGCGUUAUCAUGAUGAGGUGGUUCUACAAGGUAGUCAUUGGCUACUUGCUUCUCACGCGCGUUGUACUGGUUCCUCUCAGGAUCAUUGUAGCCUAUGAUGAUAAAUACGAGUGGGUCAGUUAUCUCGUUGAGGAAACUUUUAGUUUUGUGUUUUGCGGCGUCAUGUUCUACGUGUUUAGGCUUCUCCAUAACAAUGCGAUUAGUGAUGAGAAGGAAGAAGAAUGUGAGAUCGAUAUCAAACAACAAGAAUGA